GCAGCAAUUCAGUUUUACAUGCAUGCGUGAGAACAACAAAUUCUUGUUGGGAUUUAAAAGAAUAUGUUUCAACCAACCCGACAACAGGUGCUGCGCCUUUAUAAGCAUCUUAUCAAAUACGGCAAUCACCUGAAGCUCACGGAUAAAAACUACUUUCUAGGUAGAGUGCGACACGAGUUCCGUGAGCAUCGACAGCUAACAAGUCCCCUAGAGAUUGAGUUCAAUUUUAAGCGCGGCGAAACAUUGCUUAAGAAAGGCCGAAUACUUUAGUAAUGCUCAAGUUGCGAUCUUUGGCUGGUUCACUCUCCAGCAACCUGUGCCGGCUGGCGUCCACGGCUCACUUGGACUACUCACGCUACCCAAAUCUCCAGGAGUCGGAUAUUGAGGAGACAUUAAUGCGCGGCAGCGGACCGGGUGGACAAGCCGUAAACAAAACCAACAAUUGCGUCUUUCUACGUCAUCUGCCAACUGGCAUAAC